AUGGAUGAAGGCGUAAAAAAGUUGAUUAGUCAGAUGAAAGAGCAACAUGAGCGCGACACACAACUUAUGCAGGAUUUAAUCAAGCAGCUUAUUCCACAAAGAAUUUCACAGCCAGAGGAAAAGGGCCAGGAAUUCACUAUAGAAGCCCUUUCGUCAAACAUCACAGAAUUCUGCUUUGACCCUGAAUCUAACCUAACUUUCGACAUGUGGUAUGCCAGAUACGAAGAUUUGUUCACCGUCGACGCUGCUAAAUUAGAUGACGCAGCUAAAGUCAGACUACUUUUGCGCAAACUUAACACAGUCGUACACAAUAAGUAUAUCAAUUAUAUAUUGCCUAAACAUCCUCGCGAUUUAACAUUUAAAGAGACAGUAGAAAAACUGAAGCAGCUUUUUGGACUACAAACAUCAUUGUUUAACAUUAGGUUCAAUUGUUUGCAACUAACAAAACCGCAUACGACCGAUUUCGUUACGUACGCUGGAACAGUAAAUAGACACUGCGAAAAUUUCAAGCUCAAAGAGCUGACAUUGGACCAAUUUAAAUGCUUAGUUUUCGUAAUGGGCCUGAAGUCUGAAGGAGACUUUGACAUACGAACCAAAAUGCUAAGUAAAUUGGAUACCGAUACCGCCCUCACCCUCGACGGGUUAUCUAAGGAGUGCCAGCGCCUCAUUAAUUUAAAAACAGAUACAAAAUUAAUUGAGAAUCCCAAAAACGAAGUGGUUGUUAAACGUUUACAUACUGGCAAUGCAAAAGCUAAGCAGGUAUCAAAAACACCUUGCUGGUUUUGCGGCGGCAUGCAUUAUUCACGUGAAUGCUCAUAUAAUGUAUUCGAAGAAAAACUGGGCCUGUGCAAGCACGCGAAAGCGCAUUUGGUGGUUGAGCCUGGGCGUUCUCCAAUUUUUCGUCCAAAACGACCAGUGGCUUACGCUAUUCAGCAUCUUGUCGAAGAGGAGUUACAAAGACUACAAGAUAUCAAUGUAAUAUCGCCAGUAUCCCACUCUGAGUGGGCUGCACCAAUAGUGGUCACGAAAAAGUCAAAUGGCAGCAUACGUAUUUGUGCCGACUUUUCAACCGGACUAAACGCUGCCCUCGAAGCAUACCAAUACCCUCUUCCUCUGCCAGAAGACAUAUUUUCAAAGCUCGCAAAUGCCAAGUUUUUUAGUCACAUUGAUCUGUCGGAUGCCUUUCUUCAAAUCGAAGUAGAUGACAAGUCAAAGGAGUUACUUACGAUAAACACGCAUUUGGGCCUAUUUCGAUAUAAUCGAAUGAUAUUCGGUAUUAAAACCUUCCCAGCCAUUUUCCAACAGGUAAUGGAUAAAAUGCUCUCUGGUCUGGACUGUGCAGCAGCAUAUAUAGAUGACAUUUUUGUUUCGGGAAGAAACGAACUUGAGCAUGAUCGUAAUUUACGCGAGGUUUUGCGAAGAAUCCAAGAUUAUGGAUUCAAAAUCAAAUUCGCAAAAUGUAAAUUUGCGGUGACCGAAGUUAAAUACUUAGGCUACAUUAUAAGUCCGGACGGACUUCGACCAUACCCGGAGCGCGUUUCAGCCAUCAAAGAUAUGCCAGAACCAACCAACGUUACCGAAUUGCGAUCAUUUCUGGGUGCAAUUAAUUUCUACGGCAAAUUUAUAAAUAAAAUGCGCCAGCUUAGAGGCCCAUUAGACGAACUUUUAAAGGCUAAUGUAAAGUGGCAAUGGACGUCUAUUCAGCGAAACUGCUUUAACAGCCUCAAGGACAUUCUCAGCUCAAAUUUGCUAUUAACGCACUACGACCCAAAUAAAGAAAUCAUCGUAGCUGCAGACGCAUCCAACUACGGUCUUGGUGCAUGUAUUCUCCAUGAAGGCCCUGAUGGUUCGAUAAAGGCAGUCUGUCACGCAUCACGAUCUCUUACACCUGCGGAAAAGGGGUACAGCCAAAUUGAAAAAGAAGGGCUCGCUCUGGUAUUCGCAGUCACCAAAUUCCACAAGAUGAUAUUCGGUAGAAGGUUCAAACUGCACACGGAUCAUAAGCCGUUACUCACGAUUUUUGGCAAAAAGACGGGUAUUUCGGCACAUCAGGCUAACCGUCUACAAAGAUGGGCGCUGCAGUUAUUAGCAUACGAUUUCGAGAUAAGCUUUAUCUCAACGAAUAGUUUCGGUUAUGCUGACGUUCUUUCACGCCUGAUCAAUAAAAGCAACAAAGCGUCGGAAGACUACGUCAUCGCCUCGGUAAAGUUUGAAGGCGAGAUCAAGAAAAUUCUAUCAGAUGCAAUAGACAAGCUACCAGUAACGCACAGCAUGAUAAAAUAUGAAACAGAGAAAGAUAAAACUCUCAAGCAAUUAUUAGAUUACAUUGAACAUGGCUGGGCAGACAAUGCAGAUAUCGGAGUAGAAUUAAAACAAUUCCGGUUGCGAAGCGACAACCUUAGCAUCAUUGAUGGGUGUAUUAUGUUGGGACAGCGUGUGGUAAUACCGGCAAUAUUACGUAAACGGAUUCUCAAGCAAAUUCACAAGGGACAUCCGGGAAUGGAGCGGACCAAAGCAAUUGCAAGAAGUUAUGUAUAUUGGCCACACAUAGACUCAGAAAUAGAAGAGUUAGUGCGAAACUGCAGUAACUGUGCAUCCGCAGCAAAGAUGCCAAAUAAAACGACACUUCGCCCAUGGCCGAAACCCUCAUGUGCCUGGGAACGGCUACACAUCGACUACGCGGGACCGAUCGAAAAUGAAUAUUUCUUAGUUCUCGUAGACGCGUAUUCAAAAUGGCCAGAGAUAGUUCCGACCAAAUCCAUAACAGCACAACAAACUAUUGAUAUCUUGACCGAGAUAUUUGCCCGCUUUGGAACUCCGAGAACAAUAGUGUCCGACAACGGCACGCAGUUUACUAGCGCGUUAUUUCAACAGUUCCUAGAAGGGAAUGGCAUCGAACAUCUGCGUUCGAGUCCGUACUACCCAAUGUCGAACGGGCAAGCAGAGCGAUUUGUUGACACCUUCAAGCGCGCUCUCACUAAAUUGAACGGAGAGGGAACUACCCACAAAAUCCUACAAACUUUCCUACAGUGCUACCGCUCAACACCCAACAAGAACAACGAAAACAACAGAACGCCAGCUGAAGUUUUAUUAGGGAAAAAUAUACACACCAACUUAGAUUUGAUGAAACCAAAACCGGUUAUUAAUCGUCAACUCGACCAGCAGCAACAGAGUAUGAAACGGCAAUUCGACAGAGCGCAUGGCGCGAAGGAAAAAUUGUUCCAACCCAAAGACAAAGUAUGUGCUAGCGUGUUCAAAGGCAAAAACAAAUUCAAAUGGAUACCAGGCGAAGUAAUUGAGCGGGUUGGAAAUGUUAUUUACAAUGUUCUGCUUAGCGACGGAAAGCUCAUAAGAGCACAAGCAAACCAGUUACGAAAGCGCACUCACACCACAGAGUCAGCGGCAGCUGCAGAAGAAAAAAAUGCAAACAAGACGUUGAUCGAUGCGUUUGGUCUAUAUGACGGCACUCAUGCUGAGACAGAAGCUCACAGAGAACUCGUUUCUGGUGAGACUCAAUCCCAAGCAUCGCCGAAGGAACCAUCACCUACAUUGAAGGAGCGUCUACAGCGUAUACGCCGACCAGUGGAACGAUUUGUUCCCACCUAA